AUGGAGCUCCUGGCUGUCCUGGUGCUGCUCACUCCCCUCGUUGCGGGCAAGGACGCGGCUGCUGCGGGCGGCGAUGCCAUGCCCACUUGGGUCACCAAACAGAAGGCGCUGGUCACCGAGGUGUCGCUGGGCACGCCGCCGCAGAAGAUGAAGUGUCUGGUGGACACCGGCAGCUCGGAUUUGUGGCUGCCGUCCAAGCGGUGCGAGAGGUGCAACAACCAGAACCACUUCGACGCCGACGCGUCGGGCACGUUCUCCCCGCAGAUGGAGCAUACGCCGCGGGGCGAGCGGCCCAAGCAGGCCCAAAUACACUACGGCAGCGGCGCCGUCGCGGGGUUCCACGUGCAGGACACGCUGCAGUUCGGUGCGGCCACCGUGAAGAACCAGUCCUUCAUCAUCGUGGAGGACGCAGCCCUGCCGCCUCGGCGGGAGUGGGACGGCAUAUGUGGCCUGGGGUGGCGCAGGCUGGCGCAGGUCCAGAAGCCGCUGUACCAGAUGCUGCAGGAGCAGGGCCAGAAGGCGGGGCGCGCCGUUCCUUCGGGCGAUGGCACAUCGUACAUGUCGGUGGGUGAGCUGCCAGAGAAGGCGUACAAGCCAGACACCCUAGUGUGGGUCGAGGCUACCGUCUUGGCAGGAAACCCACAGUUCGAGGGGGAGCGCAGCUUCUGGAUCGUGUCUGGCGGCAUCGCGGUCAUCAACGACAAGCCGAGGCCCGCGCGCUUCCUGGUGGACACCGGGUCCAACCAGGUCCUCUUCGCACCCCCUUCGCAGUAUGCCGCGCUCAUGCAGUCGCUGCUCCCGCAGGAAUCCUUCGAGAAGCACUGCGCGCAGGAUCCCAGCAUGGGCGGCCUGGUCGCGUGCGACUGCGAGAUCGCGAACGACGAGGGGCUCCGCCCGCUGAGGGUCAGCCUCGGCGAGCGCGAGUUCGUGCUGCAGGUGACCGAGCUCUUCUCGAAGGCUGGCACGUUCCCCGAUGGCACGGAGGAGCUCAAGCACACGGCGCCCCCCGCGCCGCGCGCGAGCUAG